AUGCCUUCUCUGUUCUCCCGCUCCCGCACAACGCCCAACCCCAAUAAGGGCACCCUCGACUCCCCAUCCAAGACCUCCCUCCGCUCUGGUCUUGACGAGUUCGGCCGCAUCGGCUCCCCCUCCACCCACCCGCGCAACAAGGACCCAGUCAAGAAGCGCCUCGCCCUCGCAGAGCGUUCCCGCACCUUCUCGGGCGCCACCGCGCGCACCGACAGUACAGCCAUCGGCCAGAGCGAGGUCGACCUCUCCGAUGCGCUCUCCCGCGUUCCCGACGGUAGCUUCCUCCCGCUCAGCCUCGACCCUCCCCAGGUUCCUCCUGAUCUCGAAGACGCUUUGCUCAAUGGGCCUCAAAACACGCAUACGGCGCCAGAGCAUGGAUAUGGGUUCCUCGCGUACGAGCGACAUGUGGUGCUGGGUUUAGAAGAGGCAGCGAGGCUCGUAGAUGUCGUCGCCGCCGAACUAGGCACGCGUGGGCUCACGACACCCUUUAUCUUCUCCGCACUCGCGCUCGACGUGUCCGCACCCGCCGUGCGCCGGCUCGUGCGUUCCUUCCUUGAGACGUGUGCACGUCCCGGAGUUGCGGACGUUGAUAUGCGUUGGCGCGAGGAGGCGAGGUUCGCGGGGCCGCAUGAGCUCGGGAUGUGUCUUAGGUGGGGCCUGGCGAGGAUGAUUAGAGUUGUGGGUGGGCAGCCGGUGAGGGGGCUCAUUGCGUGGGAGCAUUAUAUCGAGUUCCGGGAAAGCGAGGCUGCCCUCAACUACCCCCCGACACACUUCUCAACCUUCCUCCCCGCCCUGCACCCCACCCUCCGCGGUCUGCUCCUCACCCUUCUCUCACUCCUCAUCCGAUUCACCGCACACUCCUCCUCUUCCGGCCAUACGCCCCCAACGCUCUCGCCCCUCUUUGGCCCGCUCAUCUUCGGCCUGGGGCCCGGAGGCCUAGCGUUCCACCACACGUACGUGCACUACCUGCGCGCCGUGCACGCGAUGGAACAUCUCAUUUUAGCGUUCAUCCGAUGGCAAGACGCCCCGCGCUCCGUCACGCACUUCGCCAUGCAAGGAACACUCCAGAGCGGCGGCGCCGGCGCAGCGCAGCGGGUGACGAUGCCCGGGCUGGUUGGGAUCGGUGCGGCCGGCCAGCUAGGCGGGCAAGGCAACCACGCAAACGCCGAUUCACCAACAAGCCCGAGCGGCGACAGCUCGCGCUCGCUUGGGGUGCCUACAAAACUGAAAGACUGGAUUCGCGGCUACCCGGCGAUGCUCCCCUUCCUCCCUACCACCUCGACCUCCUCGCGAAACCCCCACGAGCGCCCGCCGCCGCGCCGGGGAGCUAGGACGGCACGCGUCACGUGUAUCCGACGCAACGUGCGCAUGUACAGCCCGGACCUCGUGCGCACGUCUGCGUCGUGGGCGAAGCCGAUUCCGCACGCGUCGGGGCACGAUGGAGGCGAGUGGGGGCACAGCGAGGCGUGGGCGCGCAUUGUGCCGCCCGCUGCGGGGACCGGUGGCGGGGCGCUGCAGCCAAAGUACAGCGAGGCGUAUAAGAAGCGGAUGGAUAUGCCGCCGGGGAUGCAGCCGCUGACGACGCCGUUUGCGGCGCCUGCGUUGGCGGCGAUGUCGUCUGCGCAUAGUGGGGCGACGAGUGGGAGCGCGAGUAGUAGUUUGUUUGAUGGGGAGAGCGGGGGUGUGGGGAGGGAGAGGGAGGGGCGGGAGGGGGAGGAUCGGUAUAGGAAUUUGACGGAUUUGAGGUGGGGCGAGUUUGAGGCGAUGGGGUUUGCGGAGCCGGAUGAGAAGAAGCUGCAGUUUGAUUUGACGGAGAGUGCGAGGCAGGAACGCGCAGCGAAACGCGCGACGCUCAACUGGACCGACUUCAGCGCGGACGGCUUCUCGCGCACAGACGCGACGCUCUCCGCCACGCUCCAGUUCUCCCCGCCCGUGGCGAGCAGCAUCGCCGCGUGGCCGGCGCAGUCGAGCGAGCUGCAGCGCAAGCUGCGCAAGGCGCACCGCGCGCUCCCGCCGUUCGGGUGGGACACGACGCCGGUGCAGGGCGCGCCGGAGGAGGUCGAGGAGGCGUUUUUGGAUGUGUUUUGUGAUCUUGUGUAUGGGGGCGGGCCGGGUGUGGGGCCUGGGCAGGGGAGUAGUGCGGAGAGGGGCGUUGGGGGGUUGGCUGGGGGUGGGUGGAUGGAGGUAGGCAGGGGCGAGGAGGUGGAGAGGGAGUGUAAUUGGGCUUUGGUUGAGUUCAGGGCGCUCCCACUUUCUGCGUCUCCGUCCGGCACCGGCAGCGAUCAUCGUUCGAGCACGUCGCUCGUUCUCUUUGAAGAGUUCGUCCCGCUCGAGUAUCGCCAGCAGCUCGCGAAGGAGUCUACCGGAAAACGCAAGAAAUCGCCAUUUGCGUUCCUCAGUCCCGGCGCGCUCGCAUCCCUUACAGGCAAGCGCUCGGGCGGGCAGAAGGAGUGGAAGCCGGCAGCGACGCUCAAUGGACGGCCGUACGUUAUCGGACACGUGCCAAAAAGCCCGACGUUUCGCGAAGUCGAGUUCGAAGGGAUGUUGAGGGGCACCGGCGGCAGCGUGACGAAGGUGAUCAGUCUUAGCGCAAGUGGUACCCCGAAGAACCCUAAUGCUAGUGCUACCAACGGGCCAUUCUCAAGGAGCCGGGACGUUAUCCAGCCGAGCCCGGCGAACGCGUCGAUCGGGCACGACCGCACGCCCGUCGCGUCGAAUCUCUACGUGGAGCCGCCCCGCGCGCAGACGAGCAUGGGACAUAUCCAGCAGACCGAGAUUCCGCUCGAGCGGCAGUUCUCGGAGCCGCAGAUGCAGAACAGCCCGCUCACGCCCGGCGGCGGGCGCAACAAGCGCUUCCGUCUCCCGCUGCCGAUGCCGCACGGCGCGUCGCCGAUGGCGAUGACGCGCUCGGUGUCGAUUGGCAAGCGCGGGAGCGGGGUGCCGACGGACUGGAAGCCGGCGGGGGCUACGCCGGUCGAGUUCGAGACGCGGCUCGCGAGUUACUCGGACGACGAGCUCGUGGCGAGUCCGCAGCCGGGCGCGCUGAUGAACCCUGAGGAGAAGGAGAGGGAGCGGGUGAGGCAGGAGAAGCGGAUGAGCAGGGACGAUGCGUGGGUGGAUAUUCUGGUUGCGUCGCAUACGAGGCGGAUGGGCGGGCAGGAGGCGGAGCUGCGGCCGCGUGGCUCGGGCCAGGGUGAGCGGGAGGCGAGGAGGAGGGGGUUGAAGGGCGGGAGGAGCGAUCCGGAGCUGGCGAGUAUGGAGUUGGAGAGGGUGUUGGCUGGUGUGCGGGCGGGGUCGCCGUUCUCGGGCGACGACGAGCCGGAGCCGUUUAAUCCAUAUCCGGAGGGAGAUGAAGAGGACGUGGACAGGCGCAUGUCGUCGACGACAUAUCCUACCAUCGUCGAUCUUCCGAGGCCGAGCGGCGAGUCAAUGACGACCUCAGAGGCCGCAGCGGGGGCGCAGCAGGAGGAUCCCGACGUGGACUCGGUGAUGUCCUUCCCCAACUCGGGCUCCAAGAAACUCGGAUACUUUGACUUGCACCCAGAGCGGCGGCCUGGUGGGGCCCGUCCGAUGCCCGGUGGUGCACGGACGAUGUCCAAUGCGUCCGAGUAUUCUAUCAGCGAGAUAUCUGCUGCUGGUGCUGGUAUGGGACGACGGAGCCAGGACAGCGACACGCCAACGGUCGGUGGACUUCCCGACUUCGCAGAUGAGGAUGCGGGCGGGGCGCGGGAGAAGGCGCACGCUCGUGCGGAGAGCACGACAUUACCUGGUCUCGUUGCUCCACCCGCCGCGCCUGAGAAACGGAGCGUUAGCCCUGGUACGGACGCCAAAAGCAAAACGGCUUCGCUGAUCGAGAUGUACCGCGAGCGGGAGCGCUCUGGUUCGUCGCCUAGUGGGACCGCCGCACCUUCGAAGCUGCCCGUGCGUUCCUCGUCGCUCGCCAAGGACAAGGCAAUUCCCCCGCUUCCUCCAUCAGCCUCAUCCACUCCGUCUCCGAAACCUGCGACGACCACACAAGGCUCAAUCAGCCUCCACCCGAACCACUCUCACGCGCCUGAAGCUUCCGAAGGUGACAUGGAGAGCGUGACGUCGAGCGAGCUCGAGGCUGCCGACGUGGACACGCACGCAGAAGGCAUGAGUCCGCCGGACAGGGAGGCGCUGUUUGGCGUCGAUGGAGUAGGUAUGGGCGGGCGGGCGAGUCCAAUACGGUAUGUGCAUGGGCUGCCGUUGCAUAAUGUGCUGGAGGAGGAGGAAGACGAUGCGUAA